AUGGCAGUCCAGGUGGCGCUCAACAGGGAACCGUCAGAUGGCCAAGUCUUCGAUCUCCAGUUUGUCGCUAAUGUUAACGGUUACCAACCUCAGCCGCCUUCCUGCCCGUCGCCCCUGCAUUCCCCAACCCAAUCCCCGCCCACGCCCUCGAGCAGAUCGAACGUGGUCGACUCGAACUCGAAGCUCCAGCCCGUGAAGAGCAACGUCAGUCCUCAAGCCAGGGACAAGCCGCACCUGCUCGCCACUGCGGCCAACCUUAGUAGUGUUCUCCCACUUGGAAAUGUAAACGUUACGUCUUAUCGCGACCUACAUUUCUUCUCUGCGGGGUAUAAAAAGGUAGCAGGCUUGCGAACCAGCAUCACUUCUUGCAGUCUGCACUACAAGCAUAUCAAUAAUAUCAACAUGAAGACACUGCUUCUGUCCUUGCUGGUGGUUGUGGCUGUGGCCGAGAGACCGUCCCUCUCCUACGAUGCCCCUGCACCCCACACAUCCUCGCCCGUUCAGCAGAUCCCCAUCAUCCGCGACGAGCGAGUCCAUCCUGCUGCUGACGGAACUUACAGCUUUGACGUUGAGACUGGGGAUGGCAUCGUCAGGCACGAGUCUGGCGGUCCAGGUGGCGCUCAACAGGGAACCGUCAGCUUCACCUUCCCAGAUGGUCAGGUCUUCAAUCUCCAGUUCGUCGCUGAUGUUAAUGGUUUCCAACCUCAGUCGCCCUUCCUGCCCGUCGCCCCUGCAUUCCCCCACCCAAUCCCCGCCCACGCCCUCGAACAGAUCGAACGUGGUCGACUUGAACUCGAGGCUCGCGCCCGCGAAGAGCAACGUCAGUCAUCAAGCCAGGGACAGGCCAAUCCUUCUCGCCUCUACGGUCAACCUCAGUAAAGUGUUUCCCACUGAAUUCCAACGACAAUAAAAUCUUGUUACCCUGUUAUUCUACUUCCUUUAUUUUCGCCCCAGUAUGUGAAUGCUGUACGUUUCGUUAUGUACCGUGUUAUAUCUGUUUAUCAAUAAAUAUAAAUC